AGGCAACGGCCUCGUUCAGUAUCGCGGCAUCAGCUGGACGUGCUCGCCGCUAUUUUAUUUGUGUUGAGUUUUAUUUUUCGACAUAAUGUCUCAACAAGGCCCGGCGUUUGAUGCGAACGCAAUGACCUUAACCCGAUGGGUUUUGGCUCAACAAAGAACGGCACCAGAAGCUACCGGAGACUUAACACAACUACUGAAUUCGAUACAAACAGCAGUCAAGGCUAUACAAUCCGCCGUAAGAAAAGCCGGAAUCGCAAAACUUCAUGGAAUAUCUGGCGAUACAAACGUGCAAGGCGAAGAAGUAAAAAAAUUGGAUGUAUUAUCAAAUGACCUCUUUAUUAAUAUGCUGAAGUCUUCCUUUACGACUUGCCUUCUCGUUUCUGAAGAAAAUUCUUCAGUCUUACAGGUGGAAACCGAAAGGCGCGGCAAAUAUGUGGUCUGCUUCGACCCCCUCGAUGGUUCAUCGAAUAUAGACUGUUUAGUUUCAGUUGGCUCCAUUUUUGCCAUUUACAAGAAAGUUUCUGACGGCGAACCUUCAGAGGCGGACGCUCUGAGGCCUGGCAAUCAUCUGGUCGCUGCUGGAUAUGCCCUAUAUGGUUCCGCAACUAUGAUGGUUCUGUCUAUAGGAAAAGGAAAAGGUGUAAAUGGCUUCAUGUACGACCCGUCUCUUGGAGAGUUUAUUCUAACAGACCCUAACAUGCGGAUACCAGACAAGGGCAAGAUUUAUUCUAUAAAUGAAGGAUACGCAGCAGAAUGGUCGGACGGCUUAAAGAAUUACAUAGAAGAGAAGAAGCGACCAAAAACAGGCAAAGCGUACGGCGCGCGAUAUGUUGGCUCUAUGGUAGCUGACGUACACAGGACUAUCAAAUAUGGCGGGAUUUUUAUGUAUCCCGCAACACAAUCGGCCCCUAAGGGAAAGCUCCGCCUACUAUACGAGUGCAACCCUAUGGCGUUCCUCGUGACGGAGGCGGGCGGACUGGCAACCAACGGCUCGCAGCCCAUCCUGGACAUCAAACCCACUUCCAUUCACGAAAGAGCGCCUUGCUACCUUGGAUCCAAGCUAGAUGUAGAGGAAUUGUUGAAGUUUCUCCAUUGAAAAAAAUUGUUUUGUUAAAAGUUUACGUGUUGCUACUACAUCAGCACUAAUUGAGUCCAUAUUUAUUUAAGAUAUUGUAUGCUUACACUUUAAACAUCUGGAUUAAAUGUUCCUUAUGAUUAAAGAAAUGAAAAUAUAAAUAUUGCACUAAACGAAGAAUUAAAGUAAAAAUAAAUCAUCGAGAUAAUUGUUUUGUGGAUAUCUCUAAUCUCGUAAGAUUACUGUAGAAAUGUAA